AUGUCUUACAUCGCCCGUAUUGCUAAGAGCGCUGCUCGCCCAGCCUUGGCCACUGCUGCCAGAAGAUCCGUCGCCCCACUCACUGCCACCAGAGGUAUCAAGAAGAUCAACUUCGGUGGUGUUGAGGAGGUUGUCCACGAGCGUGCCGACUGGCCCCAGGAGAGACUCCUUGAGUACUUCAAGAACGACACUCUUGCUCUGAUCGGUUACGGUUCCCAAGGUUACGGCCAGGGUCUUAACCUCAGAGACAACGGUCUUAACGUGAUCAUUGGUGUCCGUAAGAACGGUGCCUCUUGGAAGGCUGCCAUCGAGGACGGAUGGGUUCCAGGCCAGAACUUGUUCGACGUCAGCGAAGCCGUCCAGAAGGGAACCAUCGUCAUGAACUUGCUUUCAGAUGCUGCCCAGUCUGAGACCUGGAAUGCUCUCAAGCCUCUCUUGACCAAGGAGAAGACCCUCUACUUCUCGCACGGUUUCUCGCCUGUGUUCAAGGAGCUCACCCACGUUGAGCCACCAACUGACAUCGAUGUCAUCCUUGCCGCUCCAAAGGGAUCUGGAAGAACCGUGAGAUCUCUCUUCAAGGAGGGCCGUGGUAUCAACUCUUCCUACGCCGUCUGGAACGACGUUACUGGUAAGGCCGAGGAGAAGGCCAUCGCCUUGGCUGUUGCCAUUGGUUCCGGUUACGUCUACCAGACCACCUUCGAGAGAGAAGUCAACUCUGACCUCUACGGUGAGCGUGGUUGUCUCAUGGGAGGUAUCCACGGUAUGUUCCUCGCUCAAUACGAGGUUCUCAGAGAGAACGGUCACACCCCAUCGGAGGCCUUCAACGAGACUGUCGAGGAGGCCACCCAGUCUCUUUACCCUCUUGUCGGCAAAUACGGUAUGGACUACAUGUACGAUGCCUGCUCCACCACUGCUAGACGUGGUGCUCUUGACUGGUACCCAAUCUUCAAGGAUGCGUUGAAGCCAGUCUUCAACGACUUGUACAACAGUGUCAAGACCGGUGCCGAGACCCAGAGAUCUUUGGACUUCAACUCCCAGCCAGACUACCGUGAGAAGCUCGAGGCCGAGCUCCAGACCAUCAGAAACAUGGAGAUCUGGCAAGUUGGUAAGGAGGUCAGAAAACUCCGUCCAGAGAACAACUAA